AUGGAUCCAGAUCUCGACUUUUCUCCCUUCAUCCUGAUGAGCCAGGCUCUAGGCAUAGUUAAGCAAGAGGCUGAUCUAUUCAACGGCGACACGAGGCGCACCAUCAGAGUAACUUCCCCAAGUCCUUACGGUAGAGUGUCGCCCGAUGACGAUCCCGAAGAUCUCAAGUCGUUGAAACGGACAGUCGAUAAGGUGAAGGAAUACCUGCCUCACAUUCCGCCCGAGACGGUCGGCAUGGAACUUGGUGAGGCAGGGGAGUUGGUGUCCUUCACAACCGACCCGAUGCAAGACCAUGCCCUCGCCCCUGAAUACCCUCUACUCAAAGACUUCCAGCUCCCCCCCGCCGUGGCCAACAGCACGGUUCUUCGUUCUGAACUUGACGAGAUCCGCCGCUUCUCGUCCGGAGUUGACUUGGUCUCCCUUAACUCGCGCUCGCUUUGCCCUUCGCGACGAAAGAAAGACCAGAGCCAUUACGUGUUCAAGUACAGCCCCGCGCUGCCCCAUACCACCUGGGCCGAGAUUCAAAUCCUCGCACGGCUACCCCCGCACCCACAUUUGGUGCUUCUCGACCGGCUCGUUCUCGACGAGCUGACCAAGUCCCGAGUUGUUGGCUUCACCAUGAGAUACAUCCCCAGCGAGACGCUCGAAGAGUCCCGGCGGCCGUUCAAGCUUAGGUGGCUGAGGGAGCUGAUGCAGGUUGUAGACGACUUGAAUCUCAAGUACGGCAUCAUCCAUCAGGACAUCGCUGCUCGUAACCUGCUCAUCGACCCGCGGAACGAUUCGAUCGUCUUGUUCGACUUCAACAACGCGUACCGGCUCGGUGUCUCCAAGAACCAUGGCAACCCCGCCGAGCGGAAGUGGGGAGAAAGAGACGACGUCAAGGGCGUCAUGUUGUUCCUGUACCAACUCAUCACGCGAGACCCGGCGCUCGGGGUGCACUACAUCCUGCACCUGCUCGAGGAGGAAGCUUUCAAGGACCCGGCCAAGUGGAUCAAACACCCGGACGUGGAGCUCGACGCGCCCGUGGCCGACUUCUACUUUGAGCUGAUGGCCUGGGUCCGCCGGCGGCGCGCCGCCCCGCCGCUGACGCACUACACGGAGGCGCCCGAGCACAUCGACUGGCCCGACUUUCCACCUUGCCGCAGACUUACCGUCGCGGAUCGGCACCGGCGCGGACUGCUCCCUUACGUCGAAUGGCCGCGGCCCUCGUCGGCCGCUCUCGACCCGGCGCGCCGGCUCCUCGCCACCGGCAGGUACGCCGACGAGGAGGCGGCGGCGCAGAAGGCGGCGGCCAAGGCCGCCCGUAAGGCGAGGCGCGCGCGCCGCGCGGACGCGUCGGACGGUCUGCGCCUCGAUCUCCACCCGCCCUUGAGGAUGGUGGAUGAUGAUGAGGUUGCUCCCAUCAUCCCGUGGAGCCCGAGUCAAGCACUUCCGGCUGCUCCCACCGCUCCGCCUCCCACCGCUCCGCCUCGGCCCACGGAGACUGCUGUGGGAACCGAGGUCGCGAGCCGCGCGCUGCGGCCGCGGGGGAAGAAGCGCAAGGACGCGGCGGUUGCGGACGAGCCGGCCGAGGGAAAGAGCAGCUCAAGACGGCCGAAACGGCGUUGUGCUUCUCCGGCGUGA